AUGGCAGGUCCUCCAAACCAACCAUACAACCCCAUCUCUAAACCUUCAAAAAGCUUCUCUAUAGUCACAACACGUUACGUCAAGAAGUUUACCAAACUCUUCUACUUUGCACUAGUUUUCCUUCUUUGCCUUCUCUCUUAUCUCUUAGGUUACUGGCAACACAGUAAUCCUGCUGCAUCAACCCUCUCCUAUUCUUCUAACUCUAUCGAUUUUGCUUGCGCCUCCAAUAAAAGCAACCCCAUCAACGCCAAAGCCCUAGAUUUCUCAUCUCACCAUGUCGCUAAAGAUUUUGUUUCCGAGUCAACCAAGGUCAAAGCCUACCCCCCGUGCAACAUCUCGUACAGUGAGUAUACGCCAUGUGAGGACGCGAAAAGAUCGCUGAAAUUUGACAGAGACAGGUUGAUAUAUAGAGAAAGACACUGUCCUGAGAAGAAAGAGUUAUUAAAAUGCCGAGUACCUGCACCGUACGGUUACAAGAACCCGUUUUCGUGGCCGGCGAGUAGGGAUCUGGUAUGGUAUGCUAAUGUGCCACACAAAGAAUUGACAGUGGAGAAGGCGGUGCAAAAUUGGAUCAGACAUGAAGGUGAUCGAUUCAGAUUCCCCGGAGGAGGAACGAUGUUCCCUAAUGGAGCCAAUGCGUAUAUUGACGAUAUUGGGAGGCUGAUUAAUCUGAAAGAUGGCUCCAUACGUACGGCCAUUGACACUGGCUGUGGAGUUGCCAGUUGGGGGGCGUAUCUUCUGUCACGCAACAUUCUAACGAUGUCGUUUGCCCCAAGAGACACCCACGAGGCACAAGUUCAAUUUGCUCUCGAGCGGGGGGUUCCUGCUUUGAUCGGAGUUCUUGCUUCAAAGAGACUUCCUUAUCCCUCCAGAGCUUUUGACAUGGCUCACUGCUCUCGCUGCCUCAUUCCAUGGAACCAGUAUGGUGGAAUUUAUUUGAUUGAAGUUGAUCGAGUUCUACGGCCAGGAGGGUACUGGAUUCUGUCUGGUCCGCCAAUCAAUUGGAAGAAAUAUUGGAAAGGCUGGGAAAGAACAAAGGAGGAUUUGAGUGCUGAACAAACUUCUAUUGAAAAUGUAGCUAAUAGCCUUUGCUGGAAAAAGUUAUUUGACAAAGAUGAUAUUGCUAUAUGGCAAAAACCUGUCAAUCAUUUGAAUUGUAAAGCAAACCGCAAACUUAGCCAGAACCCACCCUUCUGCCCCGCUCAGGAUCCUGACAAAGCCUGGUAUACAGAUAUGGAGACUUGUUUGAUUCGGUUGCCCGAGGUUUCAAGCAAUCAAGAGAUUGCUGGUGGGGAGCUUGCGAAAUGGCCUGGGAGACUAAACGCAAUUCCACCAAGGAUUGGUAGAGGAACCCUGAAAGGAGUAACGCCUGAAAGUUUCAGAGAAAAUUCAGAACUAUGGAAGAGGAGGGUGUCUUAUUAUAAACAAGUGAACAAACAAUUGGCACAAGCGGGGAGAUAUCGAAAUCUGCUAGACAUGAAUGCCAACUUAGGUGGAUUUGCAGCUGCUCUCAUUGAUCUGCCAGUUUGGGUGAUGAAUGUGGUUCCUGUUGAGGCCAAGCUCAAUGCUCUUGGAGUCAUAUAUGAGAGGGGAUUAAUAGGAACAUAUCAGAACUGGUGUGAGGCAAUGUCUACUUAUCCUAGAACUUAUGACCUUAUUCAUGCAGACUCAGUGUUUAGUCUCUACAAAAACAGAUGUGAAAUGGAAGACAUUUUGCUAGAGAUGGAUCGAAUUCUAAGACCCGAAGGAAGUGUAAUCUUUCGUGAUGAUGUCGAUAUUCUAGUGAAGAUAAAGAAGAUUGCAGAUACCAUGAAUUGGGAUAGCCAAAUGGUUGAUCAUGAAGAUGGGCCUCGUCAGAGGGAGAAGCUUCUUUUUGCGGUGAAGUUGUACUGGACUGCUGAUGCUCCCACUGAUCAUACUGGACUGAAAUCUUCAUGAAGUUUUUGUUCUCUUAGUGAUUCUUUCAGAUUAGUACCUUUCCUGUCAGUGCCACUCCUAAGAUCUCCUAGAUGAAUCUCAACUAGAUUGUUUGUUCUUUUUAAAAUCCAAAGCAGAAUUAUU